AGGGAAAAUGAUCCCAUCUGAUCUUGAAAGAAGAAUCCUUGAAGCCAAACAGAAAGGAUUUGUUCCUUUCCUUGUGAGCGCCACCGCUGGGACCACUGUGUACGGAGCAUUUGACCCCCUCUUGGCAGUCGCUGACAUUUGCAAAAAGUACAAGAUCUGGAUGCAUGUGGAUGCAGCUUGGGGUGGGGGAUUACUGAUGUCCCGGAAACACAAGUGGAAACUGAGCGGCGUGGAGAGGGCCAACUCUGUGACAUGGAACCCACACAAGAUGAUGGGCGUCCCUUUACAGUGCUCCGCUCUCCUGGUUAGAGAAGAGGGGUUGAUGCAGAGUUGCAACCAGAUGCAUGCUUCCUACCUCUUCCAGCAAGAUAAACACUACGACCUGUCCUAUGACACCGGAGACAAGGCCUUACAGUGUGGACGCCACGUCGAUGUUUUUAAAUUAUGGCUAAUGUGGAGGGCAAAGGGCACCACUGGGUUUGAAGCACAUAUUGAUAAGUGCUUGGAGCUGGCAGAAUAUUUAUACAACAUCAUAAAAAACCGAGAGGGAUAUGAAAUGGUGUUUGAUGGAAAGCCUCAGCACACAAAUGUCUGCUUCUGGUACGUGCCCCCAAGUUUGCGUGUCCUGGAAGACAAUGAAGAGAGAAUGAGCCACCUCUCAAAGGUGGCCCCAGUGAUUAAAGCCAGAAUGAUGGAGUAUGGGACCACAAUGGUCAGCUACCAGCCCUUGGGAGACAAGGUCAAUUUCUUCCGCAUGGUCAUCUCAAAUCCCGCAGCAACUCACCAAGACAUUGACUUCCUGAUCGAAGAAAUAGAACGCCUUGGACAAGAUUUAUAAUAAUGUAGCUCACUGAGCUAUUUCAGUUCCCUAGGUAGACAAUUAAGUUGUCACUGUGUGAAUGUAUUUGUAGUUUGUUCCAAAGUAAAUCUAUUUCUCUAUUGUGGUGUCAAUGUAGAGUACAGUUUAAAAAUCAAAAAACAAAAAAACACAAAAAAACACACC